ACUCUCAAGACCGCAUCUCACCCUCACCUCAGCGCAUCCCUCAUCCGAGCCCUCCCCGCGACGCCCCACCUGAAAGGCUUCCUUCUUCUCUCGCCCCCAGACAUAGCCGUGGACGCCAGGUGCCCCUACGGCUGCGAACAGUGCUCGCCCAUCAACGGGUGUCUGGCCUGCAAACCGCCCUUCUACCUCCUCCUGCGCAGGGAAGGACCCCGGCAGACGGCGACUUGCACGAGGGCGUGUCCCAGAGGCUUCUACAAAAUCAAGAGAAAAAAGAAAAGAGGAUUUUGUGCAAAAUGCAUGUUGCGCGGCUGUGAGGAAUGCUCUACCAGACACUACUGUUCCGUCUGCAAGACAGGCAAGUUCCGCCACGCCGGCCGGUGCUACAAACGAUGCCCCGAAGAAACGGUCGUCAGCCCUCGCUCGCCCGGGCUCUGUCUGCCGGCGCCGCUGCCCGUGCCCGACGUCUACAACGAGAUCGAGGUGAGCAACGCCACGACGCCCUCCCCCGCCCCCUCCCCCCCUGGGCCCCCGACCAACGCCACCUCGACCGAGCGGACCCCCAAGAGGACGAGAAAGAGGAGGAAGAGGAAACGCAAGAAGGAGAAAGGCAAGCAGGGACCAGCAGCGAGGGAGGCACCGAAGAGGGCGAGCAAGAGAGCGGAGACGGAAGAAAGAGGAGGAGGCGAAGGAGGGAACAAGGCCGAAGGAUAGCGAACGUGACCGAAGCACCAGCGAGUCAGUGAGCGAAGCACGUGAGUCGUUUAUUCUCCGGGAGUCCGUCUGUCUCGCCCUCUUGUGAGAGGAGGUGUCCUCGUAAUCUCGUUUCGGUCAGUGCUCGUGAGACAAAGGUACUCGAAAAAAGUACCCUCUUUAUCUCUUUUCAGUCAGUACUCACGAGAAAAAAGGUACCCCCUAGAAAAAGUACCUAUCUCACCUCCCACACUCGGUACUCGCUAUCAGUCAACACGACAUGGACGUCUCUCUUCAAUACCUAGGUGCUGGUAACAGGUGUUCUGCCUUUGCGCUACCGCUGAUGUGCGAAACGAGUGCUCUCUUUACUAUUGACGUGCGUUAAUUGCCUCCUGGCUAACCCGGCGUCCUGACUGGCUGCAGUAAGCGAGGCAGAUCCGUGGCUUUUAAUCGAAGUGCCGAGGAAAUGUGUUCGUGGGAAAUCAACAUAAAGGAAAGUUUGAGUAAAAGAAAAAAAGCUUGAUAAAAGUAUUUUUUUCUGAGAACUCAAAAAAAAA